CUUUGGGGGUUCCCUGAAACUUUCACUUCUCCCAGAACCAUCCUUAAGACCCUCCUAAGAGGAUCUCUAACCUUAAAAGAUUCUCUCUGAAUCUUUGCAACUCCAAGUGCCCAGGGCCUCCACCUCCUUCAUAAGAGAAAGCUUUCUCCUAAUAUGUCCUGAGACGUAUCACCCUCUCAGAGGUACCUGAGAGCCCUAUCCUAGUAUAUCUGUCCCUUCUCACCAAGUGUGAGUACCCUAAAUUCCAAACAGUUGCUGCAUUCAGACCCUAAGCACUCCCUGAGGCUCCAACCUCCUGAUUUUUGCCCAGACUUUGACUCUAGGAUUCUGGGACCGCCCUGUCCUAAACCAGGCACCCUGUAACCCCUGCUUGAAGAGGAAUUCCCUUCAUAACUGAGAUUUCAGAAAGACCCUGCGACAUGAUCAUUCUAGGAAAACACCAAUAUCUGGCGGUACCUCAUUCUGCUAAAUGCAGGUUCCCUCCCACCCCCAAGGAAAACCAACCAUUUCUCUAUCCUAAGUUCCCCACUCAAACCCCUUGCCCUCAACCCUGAAAACCCCAAGUAGCUCCCAAGUCAUCUCCAGGUUAAAAAAGAAAAGCAUAGAACUCAGGUUUUUCACAGCCUCCAGAGACCUGCUACUUGAAAGGUUCCCCAUAAGUGGACCUCUACUACCUCCGGAACCGACCCUUCAGAAUGCUCCAGGCUGUUCUCACCUUUGAGCAUCUCCUAAUAUACUUUGGGGUCUUAAUCAUUCCCCCACCACACACACACAGCAAACCUCAUCCUCCACUCCCUGCACCCCUUCCAGCCCUGGCCCUCAGCAAGUACUCUAGAGAGGAAGCCGCCUUCAGCCUCAGCAGCCAAGUUCAGAAAAUCCAGCCCAGCCCCGGAAACCUCCACCCAGUUCCCACGGGGAGCCUCCCCGCAGCAGGGCAUAGGAAAGUGAGGGCCCACUUGCUUUUGUAGAGGUUCCUGGUGAUAUACAUUCACAGACAAGGAGCCUCCAGCAAUGCCAUGAGAAGCCUACAGUGGGAAGGAAGAACCCAAAUUUGAGCCCCUGGCACCCAGGGCCAAACCUGAAGAUGGCCAGAGGCCUGGUUGGAGUCCUACUUUGUGUCUGACUAUGACCCCACCAUUGAGGAUUCCUACACAAAGAUCUGCACUGUGGAUGGCGUCCCUGCACGGCUAGACAUCCUGGACACUGCAGGGCAAGAGGAAUUUGGUGCCAUGCGGGAGCAGUACAUGCGUGCUGGCAACGGCUUCCUGCUGGUGUUUGCCAUUAACGACAGGCAGAGUUUCAAUGAAGUGGGCAAGCUGUUCACUCAGAUCCUCAGAGUGAAGGACCGUGAUGAUUUCCCCAUAGUGCUGGUUGGGAACAAGGCAGAUCUGGAGACCCAGCGCCAGGUCCUCCGAUCUGAAGCCUCCUCUUUCAGUGCUUCCCACCACAUGACUUACUUUGAGGCCUCAGCCAAACUGCGCCUGAAUGUUGAUGAGGCAUUUGAGCAGCUGGUGCGGACGGUCCGGAAAUACCAGGAGCAAGAACUCCCUCCUAGCCCACCCAGUGCUCCCAGGAAGAAGGAUGGGGGGUGUCCCUGUGUCCUGCUGUAGCCAAACAGCCUCAAGCGACCAGCACCAGCUCUCGGGACCAGCUGCCUCACACUAGAUGUGUGGCCCAAGGCUCUCUCUGGCUGAGCCUCCGUUUCAUCCUCUGGGUUCCCCAGGACACACUACACCCUCUUACCUUUACUUCCUGGCCUCCUGGGGCUACCACUGUGUGCCUUCUGUCAAUACCUCCUCCUUAACCCCACAUGACCCUGGUAGGGUGAGGAGCAUCUUGUCACUGCUGUAUAUAAUAAGUCCCAUCUUCCAGAAAAAUAAAUAUCACUGCCAAUGA